AUGGUUCACUAUUUGGACGUCGUAGGCGCGUGGGAUGCGGGUGAGUGCGAGUGGUGCUUCGACCGCGCCGUGGCGCCGCUGCUGUGCGUGCAGGCCAUGCUGCUGGAGUGGCUGGCUGAGCCGCGUGUGGGCGUGCUCAUGGACCUGGGGACCAUCCGAUCCCGCCUGCCUGCCAUCCUCGCCUACACACCUGCUGGAGCACACUGCUCCGCGCCUGCUGAAGCGGCGCACAUGGACGCGCGCGCUGCCACCUUCACUGCCCUCGUCACUCAACUGGGAGCGCGCAGGCACGCCCAGCCGGACCGCUUCGCGUCCAUGCUGGUGCAGGUGCUUGGAGUAAAAGAGAGUGCUGAUCUCCAGGAAGGGUUUGGGUUCUUCCUGCAGCAGCUGCUGCCAGGCGCAGUGGACACGGGGAAGGUGCAGGCGCAGGGAACGGGGAAGAAAGCUGCGGCUCUGGGCAACGCGGGGCCGGGGUCAGCGGAUGAGGAGGAUGGGCGGGAAGGGGACGGCGACAGGCAGGGGCCAGUGGGUGGUGGCUGUGAGGGUGGUGGGGAUGGGCAGGGCGGGCAGUGGAGGGAGCAUUUGAAGGGGCGUGAGUGGGAGAGGUAUGUGGAUGGCAUGGCUUGGAUUCUGGAGCAUGGAGGGGGGGGAGGGAGGGAGUUCCGGUGCAGCCACUGCAGUGAGGGAGGCAGCAGCAGCAGCAACAGCAGUGGUGGUGAAGUUGUUGGCAGUGGCAGCAUGGAGGGCAGGGGUAUUCCCAGGGGCAUGUAUGUGAGUGGCGUGGGUGCCACGGAUUUCGCCCUGGCAGUGGCAUCAGUGCUGUCGCUGCCAGGGCACUACGAGGACCAGUCAUUGGUGCCGGAUGGGAACAAUGCAAGCAAGGCUAAAGUGGAAAACGCCGCACUUUAUGAGGCGAGGAACAGGUUGAGAAAGAGGGUGGGCGAGAGAGGGAGAGCGUGUGGAGGAUCUGGAGCAAGAGCCACAGGCGAAGCAGCACGCAGGCCGAACCCAGUCUCUAACAGCGGUGCUUUGGAUGGCAGUGGUGCAACUGGCAUUGCCACUCGUGCUGCCUCAACCUCCUCGUCACCAUGCCACCUGUCUUCUGCCACCACCUCCGCUUCCACCACCCAUGCCCUUCCUCCUGCCGCUGCAGCAACUUCAACAACUUUUGAGGCACCUCAGGAAUCCACUGCAGCACCUCACGCCAGUGCCAUUCUCGCCCCUGGCCUCGUACCUGUCAACACCCACCCCGCUAUGGCAGUCCUCACUUAUCGAGUUGCUUGCAUGUUGCAGUGGGUCCGAAUCUACGGCUCAGAUUUCAUCCCGAAGAGAUGCUGCUUCAGGGAUAGCCUUCAGGGGAAGGUCCUGCCCAUGCGUCACCCCCUUAGGGACCUUCCGAGCCUGCUGCUCAGGUUUGGUGCCAUUCCCAAGCCGGUGGAGGGAAGCGGCUUCCCCCUGGAGUGGGAGGAGUGGCCUGAGGGCGAUGACACUGCUGCCAACUUCCCUCACGAUCCCAGUGCUCGUUUCUUUGGACUUGGUAUUGUGGAGGCGAGUGGCAUGGAAGUUGAGGGUGAGGUGGUAAAGGAGGGUGGGUUAGCAGAAGAGGGUAGGCAGGGUCAAGCAGAGAUUACGCAAAAAGCAGCAGGGAAGGGAAAGGAUGGGGAGGGUGGAGGAAAGAGGGAUAAAGGGGGGAAAGGGAGUGGUGACAAGAAGGCUGAAGGGGGUGUUGAAACGAUGAGAGGGCGAGGGAAGGGGAAAGGAGUGGAUGCACACACAUCCGCGCUGUCGCAGCCACGGCCGUGGGUGUCCAUCAUGCGGUGCCGGGCUGAUGUGGACUUUCUACUGGCCUUCCUGGCGCCCAUGAUCAAGCCGCCCGAGUGCUCCCAGUGCAUCAAAUGCCUGGGCACCUUCAUGUACCACGUGCCCUGCUGCGCUCUCAUGGCCACCUUCGCCUAUCGCCCCGUGGACGCCCUCUUCACGCGCUUCCUCGCCGCCUUCCCCGUACACUCCCCCCACUUCCACCACCUGUUCAACGCGCUGCUGCUGCGCUCGCCUCUCACCGUGGCAGAGCACAUCAGGCUCAUCAACGAGGCCAGCCCUGCCGGCGUGCGCAGGGGCAUGAGUGCGCUGCGCCAUGGGCCAGAGCAGAUGGGGGAGCUGCCUGGGGAUCCGCGCAUGCGGGAGAGGGUGAUGCUGUUGAAGGCGCGGCAGAUGCCGCUCUACUUGCUGCUGGGCGUGGCACUGUACUACGCGAAGCCCAUCAUGGGCGUGUCUCACGCUCACGAGGCGGGCUGA